AUGAGAUGUCAAGUUUCCACAGUCCGUGUUCGACUCGGUCACGGUACAAGUGCUGCAAAGAAUUGGUAUACACAUCGCGCAGACGAAGCCUUUGGCGCAAAAGUCCGCGGUAAAUUAUGCACGGAAUUUAUGCCCCCAUGCCUCAUGGACCUCUUAUAG